CCCACAACCUUUAUAGGAGCUCUGUCUGUUGUACCUGGUCACUUCUAGCUGGAAGUUUCAUAGAGGGAGGCAGCAGGGGUGCAAGGCCCUAAGCUUAAAAAAGAAGCAGCAGCAGCAGCAGGUGGUGAGGAGGGGGAAGUGUGACACUGUUAAGCCUGAGGAGCAUCAAAGGUUGUUGGAGAUAGGAUGGCAGCUGUGGAGCGAAGGAAGCGGAGGAGAAAGAAGUUCCAGAAUGGGAAGCCCAUGGCAGGUUUGAGGAAGGGUAGAUUCAUAUCAGUGGGUGAACUUAGGAAAUAAUUCUGUUGACCUAGAGAUAUUGGCUCACAAAUACAUGCAAAAGUGCACAGUUGAGUCCAGCACUGAAUCGGAAUCUGAUGCAAACGUAGAGCAGGUUCUGAACAGCAACAGGCUUCCAGAAGGGCUCUUUGAGCAAACGAACCACACAAAACUUAAAUUCUUGGAUCCUUAUGACGGUGAUUAUGAGGAAAUCUCAGGCACAUCAGACUGUAGUUUGGAUUCCCCUGUUGACUCCAGACAUAGUAGGGUGAUCUUCUGGGAGCAUCCCACUCCUCAUGCUCUGACUCCAGACGACCCUUUUCCUCCUGAAGGCCAGGAGCCUCUCUCUGCUUCACCAUAUAGGGCAGUCUCUGCAACUGUAACUCAGAAGGAUGAACCAGAACUGCAGGACCCCUGUGAAAUACUCCAGCUGCCAGAGAAACCUUCCUGGCUUAUGGGGCCCGAUUCCUCAAAACAUGGUAGACUCCAUGAAAACACAGCUCCAAGUUCUGCAGAUCAGUCCAUGUUGGAGUGUGACAGUGGGAUGUGUGAAGAUCCAAAUGUCAACAGGAAGCAAGGACGGUCUGUUCUGGAGAAUGCUGGAGAAAAACUCAGAAAGAAACUGCGGGUGACUUAACCCUUCUAAUUAGUAUAUAACUAUUCAUUAAAUAGUAUAUAAAUACAACCUUAA